AAUAGUUUUGCGUGAAAUAAAAUUUAAUUGCAAUUUGCAUAUAUAAAAGAGUUAAAAUGGUAGUGUCUGAUGAGAAUAUGAAAUUUAAAUUAUUAACGGAAAAAUUAAAUCAGAAAUGCGUGGAGAUACAAACAGAAAAUGAGCGAAUUGUUUUAAGAAUUAAUAAGACGCGCAGGAUUUUAAGAAAAAAGCAACGGGAUAUAGAGCUACUAAAGCGUCGCCUUGAUAAAUUCAACGAUGGUUGGCGCUCGAUACCAAUGGUUGCAGCGAACCCAAAGAGAAAAAUUGAGCAAAAACGCGGUCGAAAACCUAAGGUGAAAGACACUGAAGAAAAGCAGCCAAAGGAAAAAAAACAGCGUGCAAAAAAACUUGCAGUUGAGUCUAUUAAUAAGGAUGUAGUUGCAAACACGGCCCAAUUCCAAACUCCCGAUAGAAGUCUCGGUGAAUACAUAAAAUUACCUUUCCCAGACGGAAAUGACGUCCAAAAUUAAAACAAUGAUUGGCU